ACUUAAUCUCUCCUUCGACGACUCGCUUGCUGGCCAUCCGAGUCUCACGCGAGCUUCCUGGCGAUUCCCGCUCCCUUUGAUGAGUUAGACGACUUACGCAACACCACUUUACUCACGAUGGCUGUCAACAUGAACGGCCCGAUGGCGCGUCCGGGUCCCCCAUUUCACCCUACAGUCAACAACAGGAAGGAGGAAUGGGAGGAUUGGUCCGACGAUGAGCCAUUCACCCCGAUUCAAGAGAAGGAUGGUGAGCUUACUCCCCUCACCCCAACCUUCAGCAGCCCUUACAGCACCAACAACAACUAUACGACGAAACCAUCAACACAACGUACAUCUUUCUCGACGGCUCGCCAGUCCAUGCAGAGAAUCAGGCGUGUAAAGUCACGUCAGAGGCAAAAGGCACAGAAUGCCAGGGCCGGCAUCAAAUUGAUCACAGACAUGACAAAAUUACAACAACAGUUAGCCAACCAAAACAAAGGAAAGGGUUUGAACGACAAGGCAAAGUUUGUGGAUGCGGCUGCUCUAAAGGCACUGGAAGGAAUGGCUUCAGACGAAUCUAUCGGCACCUUUGCUUGGCUAAGGAAGAAGAAGAGCAGCCCAGCUUCAGCCACUCCGAUAGAGAGGAGGAUGGAUAGGCUAGCGGUAGACACUCCUACCUCGGCCGAGCUUUCACCAAGUGUUGGCGGUAUCAUGAUCGGGUUCGCCAUGCCAUCAGAUUCCAAUGUCGUCAUCAGUCCACAAACGGCUGUCGUUGAUACACCGGUCGACUUUGACAAGUACUUCUCUCCGCCUCCCACAGCAAAGCAGCCCGUCUCAGUCUGGUCACCAGACACUCCGGAUUCCCAAUUUACCAUCAACUCGUACAGGACAGCAGGCCCCAGUGCUGGCACCGUGCCGGCUGUUCCUGCCGUUCCCAACAAGUAUAGAGAUACCCAGGCGACGGAAUUCUACCUCAGCGACAACGAAGAUGAUUUACUCACUCCAAUGGGAUAUGGAAAACCGCGCCCGCCAAGGGUCACUACCACGGCCUACUUCAGCGACGAGGAUGACGACAUGGCCACUCCGGUGACUCUGUUUGAGGAGGAUGGAAGUCCUUUGACGACGCGACAGAGGUCCAUCAUCAAAGCAAAGAGCCCCGUGUCUGCGACAUUAACCGCGCGGUCACAAGGCUGGUGGGAUCAGAUUACUACGCCAUUCACCCAAAGCCCGGUAAUGUCAAGGACCCCUGUUACCAGCAUUCAAGAGGAGGACGACAAGCAAGAGUGGUGGAAGACGGGCAACAAUAGGUCUUUGUCCCCCAACAACAAUGCCCUUGGUCAGGGGUCUUCGGGAAGUGCCGUGAAGGCAAAUCGACCUCCCAUGAUAGUUAUUGAGGAUGUCUCGCAAGUUGAAGCUUCUUCUUCUUCUUACAACCCGUUCGCGACAUCAUCAACGGCGACAGCAUCCUCCUCAUCAGCAGCAACGAUGCCAACAACAGCACCGAUGGUUUCGCGGCCACAAUCCCAUGCAGAGAAGGCGCGCAUAUUGAUCGAGGAUAACGAAUCGACUCCUGCGGAAUUGCCUCCUCCGUACUCGCCCCCGAAAAAGAACCAGAAAAAAAAUGCCCAGAACACCGAGAACGUCCGAUACCGAGCCGUAUUUCCUCCCAACCACCCGCUGAACUCCAUGUAUCCGCCUUCUCCGGGUCCAGUGUCUCCCGGUCUGUCGCAGACGAUGACCUCACAAGGCGCGAUCGAUUUGCCUUAUGUUCCUGCAAGGCCGCCUCCCGCCAGACCUGCGCUUCAUCACAGAGACUUCCCAGCAAGGCCACUCGGAUCCUUCGUACCCGCCCAUCAUGUUGUAGGAUACGAAACAAGGCAGAAGGCUGAGAAGAAACGGCGCCGGAACGAGAAGGAGGACGCAGUGGCACGCAAGAUGGGUGGAAUGUGGAGAGGACGUGGCUGUAUCCCAACAAAUGGCUGCUUUGGUCGCCCCGGUCGAGAAGGCAGGAAGCGUAGGCGGUGGUGUUUGACCUUAUUCAUUGUCACUCUCGGGUUGGUAGCGCUCGCUGUGGCUCUCGGGGUUGUCUUGACACGCCCCAAGCCUGGCAAGCCCGCCCCGUAUUCGCCUUGGCUCAACCUCACGGAUUUCCCACCAAUCCCUACCGGCAUCUCCACGGUUAUUGGCACCGAUUCCGUUACUGAUACCUCAUGCGCUCAGGAUCCGCGCUUCUGGAGUUGCGCACUGCCCAAAGACCAGACUGCCCAGGCGGAACCCUUUGCUGCCGAUCAGCCCAGCUUCAUUAUCCAGAUACAGUUCGACAACAGCACACAACAAGCGUGGAAUGUCACGGGCCAGGCAAUCCCUACGCCUACUCCUACCAAGGAUGCCGAAGCCUCUUCUACGCCGUCCCAGACUGGGAGCAACAAAAGCUCCGUUACUAAUGGUACGGAAGCAAACCAGACGAGGGGACAGCGCCCGCAAUCGGGCGGCGAGCCGAUGGGCUUCAUCUCGGUUGUCAAGAGACUUUUGGGUCGUCAGAUCCAACAAGCCCCCAGCGCUGGAUUCAUUCCGCGCCCAUCCCCGCCCGAAUUUCAAGACAUGUACUUCUUGGGAAACACCACCGAUGGCAUCGUGUCCGCAGAGAAGGCUGGAGAGCCGACUCCAUUUUACAUCAGCAUUCUGCGCACUCUCGAUGAUUCGGUUGGGCCCAACAUGCUCGCCCGUCGCGACGCUGCUGAAGUCGAUUCCGCCUCCAACCAGCUAAACAAGCGGCAAUCCAAGGGCGGCGGCGUCGAUCUGUCUUUCAUCCCGCCUGUCCUGAAUUCCGACGGAACCGGCGCUCCAGCCGUACUCAUGCCCUUCCCUACGCAACAGCCUCUCCGUCUCUUCGACCGCGGUUUGCCGACCGAGCACUUGGGCUUCUACACCUACUUCAACAAAACCGUCUACCUCAGCGGCGACGCCUCGUCCGACCGCGUUGGCGGCUCCACCGCCUCCGACUCCAACUUCAUCAUCACCUGGCUCUCGGCGCGCUACAAGGUGGAAAUCUGGACGCGGCAGGUCAACGCCACCCGUCUGCUGGGGUCGCAAUCCAACGGCGGGGCUGCGACCAACAACAGCACGCGCCCGGGCACCUUCCCGUACCCCGUCACGGUCACGCUGGAUACCCAUGGCGGAAUCCCGGGAAGGAAGUUUGCGUUUAGUCGCGGGGUCGGAGCCGGCGGCAACAUCUUGAUGAACGACACCAAGUUUAUCCUGAAUAAUAUGAACCAGACGGGUGAUUGGAUCAACCCCGGCGCGACGUUUAAUCCGAGCUUUGGAGGGAUGGAUGGAGGUACCGGAGGGUGUCAGUGCAGGUAUACCAACUGGGUGAAGUUGAAUGCAGGCGAUGCUUGAUCGCGGAAGGGAUAUAGUGGGGGAGUUUGGAGUUAUAAAUGCAUAUUAGGCGCAGGGAUUUCAAAAUCAUUGCUUUCAUGUUUCUGUCUUCGUUUUUUCUCGAGUUUUACAUCAAAGAUGAUGUGUCUAUACCAGGUGUUUGUUGGGAAGACAGGUGAACCCACUUACAAAGAAGAUACCAUAGAAUUGUUCAAGCAGAAUAUUUACCAGAUCAAAACAUGCGCGGAAGUGAUAGUCUAUUCAGU